CUUCUUAAUGUAAAUGUCGCCUCUUUCUUGCCAGGGCUGGCGGGGCAGAUGCCCGGGGGCCGGGUGACACACGGCUAUUAUUGCCCAGCGGAACUCUGCUCCAAAGAGGAGAGAAUUUCAGUGGAUUUCCUGCUGCCGACCGGCAUUUACCUCAACUUUCCUGUGCCGUACGGCGCCAGCCUCGGAGACAUCAAGAAGCUGCUAUGGCAACGGGCAGAGGAGGAGCCGCUUUUUCACAUGCUCAGCCCUCCUUCCAUGUACAUGUUCACCUGCGUUAACCAGGCGGCGAAGGAGCAGGAGCUGGAGGACGAGCAGCAGCGCUUCUGUGACGUCAGGCCCUUCCUGCCCAUACUUCGGCUCGUAGUGAGGGAGGGCGACCAAGCCGAAAAGUUACUGGACUCUCAGAUCAGCUUCCUUAUUGGCAAAGACCUCCGUGAAUUUGAAGCGCUCGAUGACCCCGAAAUAAAUGAUUUCCGCUGUACGAUGCGCCAGGCGUGUGAAGAGGCAGCCGUUCGCCGGCAGCAAAUGGACUGGAAAAAAUCGAUGGAAACCAACUUUCCCCUCCAACUUGAACCCCCUUUCGACGUGUUACCCCGAGGAAUAACGUUCGGCAAAACGCUCAUGAUUAAGGUCAAGUUUGAAGGCAGCGAGCUAAACGACCAGCUCAUGCGCAGAUCAAGCGCUGACGCGUCCUUAGCGUCUGGCCCUGAUACUCUUGGUUUUGAGGAAGAGUCUAAGCAGCUGAAGUGCAAGCCCGGUGGUCUGCUUACAGGGUGUUGA